AAAACAAAUGGUGCAGUAUUUACUAAUGAAAAUUAUUCAAUUAAAAUGAAACGUUUCCAUACUAUGUUGAGCUGUUCUUUUGCUUUAGGUUUAGAUCAUGUCGCUAAAUUAAUGCAUGAUUUAUGGAAUUACUGUUAUAGGAUUUCUAAACCUGAAGAAAAAUGUUCUUCUGAAAAAAGAUGUUCUUCUGAAGAAAGUGAUGAUGGUUCUAGUGAAGAAUUUAAUGUUACAGAAUACUGUAAUAAUAAAAAAAUUAAUUGUUUAGAUCCUAGUGGACCUGCCCUAAUACGACAAAUACUUUCAUAUUUUAUACUAUCUGCAGACACCGAAGAAGAAGCAUGUAUUUUACCAGCUUUAGAUAUCAUGGCACAAUUUGCAAACAAUACAUUUUUAACUGAUUCUUCUAUAGAUGAAAAAAUGUCGAAAAUGAAAACUAUCUUAGCUGAUUUUAUAAAUAAUAAUUGUUGGGUUAAUGUAAAUAAUACAUUUUCCAAAUCAAUAAUAUUUUAUGAGAUUUUUGAAACAAAUAAUUGUGAAAAUAAUACUACAAAUGUACAAGCAAAAGAAUUAGUAAGAUUGAAGAAAUAUUUUAUGAAAAUAAAUGAAGAAUUCAAUUUUGAAAAAUUUAUAAAAAUUCAACCUUAAUUUAUUAUCAAGAAUAAUUUCAUGGUUAAUUUAAUUAUUAGA